UAUAAAUUGUGAAAUACAUAAAAUCUUUCGAGAACUUGAAUUUGAAAAAUAAAUUGUUUAAACAGUCUUAAAGAUUAUACAUAGUGAUGGAUAGAUUCAUUACGAAAAAGGCAGCUUCUGGUGCAACUGAAGCUAAUGCUCCGCAAGUGACAGUAGAUGAUGAGCCAAACAACAAUUCGCCCAAAGCGGAUCGAAAAUUUCCCAGCGAGUGGCUCACCAAGUUUUCGUGGCUUAAAAACGAAGGUGGUCGUGGUUUUUGCAAGGCGUGUGAAAAAUUUGUUUUCAACCACAUUACCCAUAUUGAUCGGCACAGCAAGCAGGCUCUGCAUCAACGCAACGUCAAAAGCAAGGAAAACCAAAUUAAAAUGCACGAAUUCGCCUCACGGUCAAAAAAAGUUGAUGAUGAAGUUCAGUAUGCCAUUUACACAUUAAUGAUGUUUGUCAUAAUGCAUAACUUGCCAAUUUCGCUUAUGGACUAUCUGCCCAACUUGCUGUGUGUAUGCUGUCCGGAUUCCAAAAUAGCAAAUGACAAAUGACAGAGCAGCUGGCGGGAAAAUCAUUCAAAAACAUUAUAAGUUCGCUAAAAAAUUCAAAAUUUUCCCUAAUUGUUGACGAAACUACUGAUGUUUCGUGCCGCAAGGCGUUUGUGUUGGUGGCAAGGCAGUUUCAAAGCGUUACGAAAACAAUCACGGACAAGUUUCUUGGGUUGAUAGAGCUUGACAAAUGUGACGCUGAGUCAAUCUAUCAAUCUACUAAACAAUUUUUUACAUCAAACGAGAUCCCACUAAACAAUUUAAUUGGACUUGCAACCGACGGAGCAAAUACUAUGGCGGGAAGCCUAUCUGGAUUGAAAACAAAAAUGAGUAAGGACACCAACUUAUUUUAUAUGAAGUGUACUUGUUACUCACUACAUUUGUGCGCAAGCUACUCUUGCAAAAAAUUGCCAUCAGACGUUGAAAAGCUGUGCAGGAACAUUUAUUCCUAUUUCGCGUGGAGUCCUAAGAGAGUGCUAGAGCUAAAAGAAUUUCAAGACUUCUGCGACAUCAAGCCCCAUAAAAUCUUAGGAUUAGCAAUGACACGGUGGCUUUCUCUUGAGAAAGUUAAUUGUAGAAUUGUAGAGCAGUGGGAUGCACUACAGCUUAAUUUUCUAUCCCAAUGUUCGGAAGUCAAUAACAUAAAGCCCAAGGAGUUAGCCAAUAUUAUGUUAGCACCGGAAAUAAAAGCAUAUAUAUUGUUUUUAACGUACGCUCUAAAAAUUAUUAAUGAACUUAACACUGAAUUUCAAUCCGAAUCUGUCAGACUUCCAUACCUAUACAAUAAAUAGACUUGAAGUUUCUGUUAAGUUAAUAUUAUGUAACUUCUGUCAAACUCCUUAUAUUAAAAACAAAAAUAUAAAAGAUAUCGUCCUUAAAGAUAAAAAUCACUUUUUACCUGUAGCAAAAAUUUGUAUUGGUACAAAAGCGCAGCAGUAUAUUGAUAGCGAAAAUCUGAGUGAAUUUGAAAAGUGUAAAAUUAAAGAAACUAUUCGUGAAUUUUAUAUUGAGCUGAUUUCACAAAUAAAAAUGAGAUUUGACUUCGAAAGAGAAGAUGUAAAACUUUUAGAGGCAAUAACUCCAGCUAAAUUUCUAAGCGAAGAUGAACUUUCAAUAGUACCUUUGAUGAAAACCUUCGAAAAUUUAUACAAUGGUGAUCCCGAUGAUCUAAUAUCCCAAUGGAACCAACACCGUCUGUCUUUAAAUGAGGGAAAAGAAAAAGACAUUUGUAAAUUUUAGACAGACAUUGGAAGUAAAAAAAACGGUCUUGACGAACCGCUGUUCAAAAGCUUGAUAGAAUUCAUAUAUAACUUGAUGUCGUUGCCACACAGCUCUGCUGCUGCAGAGAGAAAAUUUUUUGAAAUUUCUUUAAUAAAAACUAAAUUACGAAAUAAAUUAGAAUUUAAGACACUAAAUAACAUUAUGUAUUGUAAGGAAUUGAUUAAUUGUAAUGACCUUCACUAUGUUUGGUCUCCAAAAGACUGUUCAUUUUUAAAAAUGAACUAAGUUUAAAUUUAAU